UGGCAGAGCUGCCUGCAGCUUUGGACAACACACUCAUGGUCCCCAGGAGCGGGCUUCAGCAUGCAGCUGUCACCUCCUAUGGUUACAAACUGCAGUGCCUCAGGAUCCGGGUGAGGCAGAUCGCCAGGGAGAGGGACAAGGCGAGGCUGGACUUGGAGAAAGUGGAGAGACGCUGCCUGCAGCUUGGCAGGGAGUUGGUUGAGCGGGAUGUUCAGGCAGAAAUAGAGGCAAAAGAGCUGCUUUUGCAGCAAGCAAUCAAUCACCAAGCAAAGCUGGAGGCUGAUACACAGUUCUUUGAGGGCAAAGAGGCCAGCCUGCAAGGGAGACUGAACCACAUGAUGAAGGAGAACACACAGCUGCAAAACAAGGUCACAGAGAUGGCUGAGAAACUGGCGGCCUCUGAGAAGCUGGUGUUGGAGCUGCAGAAAGAACUCAACCAUGUUGUGAAGGACAAGUUGGGCCAGGUGGAGCCCCAGAGCCUAGAGCUCCCGAGCCAGAGCGAGCGCUUUGCAGAGAUUGUCCUGGAGUACGAGCGGCAGUGCCAGAAAGUCAAGGUGCUGUGGGUCCAGAAUGGAGUGCUGCAGAGGGAGCUGGAAAGGCUGCGUCUCCAGCUACGGGAGAGCAGGACUGAGAGAGGGCUGCCAGCAGGAGUGUGCCGCUCUCCCAGCCCUCUGGUUCCCACUUCUGCAUGCACAGAGACGUCACUCUCAAUGGAGCAGCUCCAAGAGCAGGUGUGGGACCUGAAGGUGCAGCUGGAAACCAAGAUAAACUAUUACGAGGAGGAAAUUGAGUUAAUGAGGAAAAACUUUGAGAGAGAGAGGAAGGACAGUGAGGAAAGCUUCAAGGCUGAGAUGUGCAAGAUGGAAGACCAGAAGAGAGACCUGGAAGAAACAGUUGCAAAGUACUGGGCUGUAAUUGAUAGCCUGAAAGAGCAAAAAUGUAUGUGGAGCCUGGAGCUGGAGGAGAGGUUUGAGAUGGAGCAGGCCAGGGUGGGACAGCAGCACACUGAAGACUUUUACCAUCCAGGGCAGCAGCUGGACCAGGAGGGAGAAGAGCUGAGGAUGCAGCGCAGGGACAGAGAGAGCCUGAGGGAAGAGCUGUGUCGGCUGCUGGAGGAGAACAGCUUGCUGAAAAGUCAACUCGGGAGACUCCAGCAAGAGCUGAGGCUAGCAAAGGAGAAGGGCAGCGAACACGAUGAGAAACACGUGAGCGAGUUGGGCAGAGAGAAGGUGGAGGAGCUGGCUGAAAUAGCAGAGUUAACAGCAUCGAGUGAGAAGACCAAGGGGGGGAUCUCCCACCUGAAUGUCAAGAUGCGUCAGCUGGGCCGUGAACUCACUGAGCACAAGGCUGGCCACUGUGCUGGCCCUGGCACUGUCCAGCUGCGGAGCCAGAGGCUUGCAGAGGCUGAGUGGCUACGAGGAGCAGAGGCGGCCACAAGGCUGGAGCACCACCAGCAGCAUGCAGCAUGUUGGAUGGAGAUGGAGCUGCUCCGACAGCAGCUCAAGGCAUCGCAGGAGAAGCUCUUAGAAGCCAAAGCAAGCCUGAGCCUGGCUCAGACUCGGCAUGCACUGCAGUUGCAGCAGGCCAAGGUCCAGAUGAACAACAUGGUGCCAAAGAAACAGUUUGAGCAGCUGCAAACCGGCUUGAGAGAAGAACAGUGCAAGGCUCAGCAGCUCCAGGAAAACCUCCACCGGCAGGCUGAGCAGACAUGCAGGCAGCUGGUCAGGACCCAGGAGGAACACGAGCGUCUGCUGCAGGCAGCUGUGAAGCAGGCAGAAGGGCUGGAGCACAAUCUGAGGAGUGCCGAAGCUGUGCUGGCAGAGAAGGUGGCUCAGCUCGAAGACGUCCAGGCCCAACUCUCCAGGAACAAGCUGCUGAUUGAAGACCUCCGUGAGGAGAACAGGGGGUUUUCAAUGGCCCUGCAAGUGGCUGAGCUGAAGCAGAAGACAACUGAGGAGAAGAACCAGCUGUUGGAGGAGCAAGCCUCAGCUCUGAAGCAGCUCGUUGGAAAGAUCACGCCAGCAUCUCUGAGUGGGUGAUGGGGCACCCGCUGUGGCAGCCCUGGCCCUGGCCCUGGCCGGGGUUUGUCGGGUGCAGAAGGGGAGGUAUGGCUGGGUUAGGAAAUCAGCCUUGUCCUCCCCGGUCUUGCCAGGAUUUUCCUGGGUAGAAAGCAGAAAAUGGAGAAACCAGACAGAAUCCUUUAAGGAAAUUGGUCCUGUGGAUAGCUGAAUUUUCCUACUGAAAGCACCAGCUUUGGUGCCUUUUUCAGUGGCAGUGUGCUGUUGUAAGUCAGGUCUGUCUCAGGACAGCCAUCCCACAGGAGCUGCCUGCACUCUGGCAUCGUGUUUGGUGGUGGUGCGGAUGCUCCCUCUCCGCAGAGGGUUGCUAUUGGGGCCACGCUGUUACGGCUGGAAAACCAGGG